AAAAAAAACCUCUUGAAACAGAUAAUUUCAUUUGAUUAAAAAUCACUACUUUUCUUUAUUUAUUUGCAGAGAAAGCAGUAGAUUCAAUCAUGCCUGGGGUAGCCAUGGUUGAGGCUGGUGGCUGUCCUCAGGAUUUCCCUGCCAAGCUCACCAGGCAGGUUGUUGUUUGUAGCAUAAUUGCAGCUGUUGGCGGUCUCAUGUUUGGCUACGACAUUGGCAUCUCCGGAGGAGUAACAUCAAUGGAUAGUUUCCUGAAGGAGUUCUUUCCUACUGUUUAUGUCAAGAAACAUCAAGCCAAGACAGAUAACUAUUGUAAAUACAACAACCAGUGGCUUCAGCUUUUCACGUCUUCCCUUUACUUUGCAGCCAUUGUGGCUAGCGGCUUCUCUUCCAUUGUUAACAAGAAAUUCGGCAGGAAACCCGCCAUGCAAAUUGCUUCUGUUCUCUUUCUUAUUGGAGCUAUACUGAAUGCUUCUGCUCAGAAUCUUGCCAUGUUGAUCAUUGGGAGGAUGUUUCUCGGUGCUGGAGUUGGUUUCGGUAACCAGGCUGUUCCAUUGUUCAUAUCAGAAAUUGCGCCUGUGAAAUAUAGAGGAGGCCUUAACAUUUGUUUCCAGUUGCUGUGCACACUAGGCAUUCUGGCUGCUAAUAUCAUUAAUUAUUUUACUUCUAAGCACCCAUAUGGUUGGAGGAUAUCGUUGGGUGGUGCUGCAGUGCCUGCUCUAGUUCUCCUCUUUGGCUCCAUGAUAAUCGUCGAGACGCCCACGAGCCUUAUAGAGCGUGGAAAACAUGAGAAAGGGUUGUCUACUCUGAAGAAGAUCAGAGGCGUUGAUAAUGUUGACAAAGAGUAUCAAGAAAUUUUCAGUAGUGCCGAUUAUGCUAAACAAAUAAAACACCCUUACAGGAACCUGAUGAGCAAGUAUAACAGGCCUCAGCUAAUUUGCGGCUCGCUUCUUCAAUUCUUCCAGCAGGUGACAGGCAUCACUGCAGUCAUGUUUUAUGCCCCUGUGCUCUUUAUGACUAUGGGAUUCGGAGAUAAUGCAUCGUUGUUUUCUGCUGUUAUGGCUAAUACUGUGAAACCAGUAUGUACUAUAGUUGCAAUUUUCCUUGUGGAUAGAUUUGGAAGAAAAGUGUUGCUUGCUCAAGCUGCCAUUCAGAUGUUCAUUGCUCAGUGUGCAAUUGGAGGCAUUCUUGCAAGGCACUUACACAGCACAAAUGUUGUGCCAAAACAUUAUUGUGUUAUUGUGAUAUUGUUGAUCUGCUUAUUCUUGACUGGUUUUGCAUGGUCAUGGGGUCCUCUGUGCUGGUUAAUUCCUAGCGAGACAUUCCCAUUGGAGACUCGAAGUACUGCUUUGUUUGUUACUGUCAGUAUUAACAUGUUCUCUACAUUCUUAAUUGCUCAAACAUUCCUCACCACUUUAUGCCAUCUGCGAUAUGGGGUUUUCUUCUUCUUUGCUGUCUGGCUUGUUAUCAUGUUCAUCUUUACCAUUUGCUUCCUGCCUGAGACCAAAGGAGUCCCAAUUGAUGAAAUGAUUGACAUGGUCUGGAAGAAGCAUUGGUUUUGGAAGAGAUUCUACAAGGAUUAUGAUGUUUCCAAGAGACGGAGAGAACAUGAAAAUUCAAUAGAUUAAGAAAUUUGUUGCUCUCAUCCUUUUGAUUGGUUCUGUUACACCCAAAAUGAUCAAAUCUUAGAUGGCUUACUCUUUCAGGUUAUUCUGUUUUCUUUUUUCUAGGAUAAUGAGUAUGCUAUAUAGUUUUGAUGGGGUUAUUAUAAGGAUACUUGAGAUUUCUUUUUAUUUAAAAACUGACGAAAAUUGAGUGUUGA